GAAGACAAGGACCGGCCCAAUAAUGCAUUUCUUAUUGGACUGUGUUUUUUAGACAAGGACAUUCAUUUGGGAAAACCAUUAGUCACAUCGAGGACUGUGAAGAAAGCAGUGGGAAAGGUGCAUUCAAUCAAGGUGACAAGAAGCGAGUUUAUAUUGGUCAAUUGUGUGGAUGAAGAACAGAAGAAGCGUGCGAAGGAGGUGGCUAUACUGUCCACGUCAGAAGUCACCUGUAUGCGGCACAGUUGAUGGCMCGCCGGACCUCGGGCUAGAAGGUCGAGGGUUCGAGACCUGAUCCCUGCUGUUUCAUUACAAUACCAUAGAAGAAAGAAGAAGAUAUUCAAGAACAUGGCAAGUUAUUAUUUUCUAUAGGAAUAACACAUUCAACGGACCAUGGCUGAUUUGGCAAACAUUAACUGUCCGAUUCUCUUUCUCCCUGCGCUGCACACACCGGGCUGCCAGCAGCCACUCGGACAGAGUCCACGAGUCACACCGGAAUGCCCAGCGCACGCCUCCCUUUAAGGCCAGUUUUAGUGAAGAACCGGUAGACAGAAGUUCCACUUUUAGCUAACGUCACCUCUCGAUUUGCAUUUGGCUAGCACUGACAGCUUCUGUGAAGUAUCUAGCCAUUUUAGUUAACUGCUAGCUGUGAGGCAAGUGUGUCAGCAUUUUAAACACUGUAAAUGCCGCAAACCACAAAAACAUAGUUAACUAGCAACGCAUGAGAGCUUGAUAAGGCAGAAUGUCACCUGAACAGUAGUGUUUGCUACACUUCAAGAACAUGACAGCUAGCUAUAACAACACAUGACUUGUGGACCCACAUCCGGAACAACUGAUGGGGGUGGAACGUUGCACGUCAAAAUUGGUGGUAGCAAUGGACGGACCAAUGGGAAGGAUGUUUACAGUGCGUCUCAAAAAUGGGUCGUUCCGAUUCAGAUUUUGGCGUUGAUGAGCAUCGGAUUUAUUCUCUACGAUUGAUAAGGAGGAAGCUGAGCUCUGUUCUGGUUGCCUGAGGACACCUGCUGUACCUGUGCUGUGUGAACCUUGGCCUUUGCGUGAACUAAGGGAGUGUGUCACCUGAGGCAGGACAGCGGGAUUCUUCUUAACCUUCAUCCAUCGAUCUAUAACACUCACUUCUUGAAGUCCAAGCUAGCCUGACUGCUCUCUCCCUCUCUCUGUAUCUAUUCAUCCAUCCAUCCCUCUUURACCCUUCUCCAUGCCUUUGCCCAAUUAUGUCCCUGUCACUUCCAGAGUCCCUCUGUAAMACUUCUGUCUCUCCAUCCCUCCGUGAUCUAUCUCUCUGUCCACCUGUGUGUGCGCCCCUCCUGACCGCCAGGCUGGAUUUCCUGCAGAUGAAACACUUGAAGAGGAAGAGGAAGAGUAACUACAGCGUUCGUGAGACGCAGGCGCUGAUCCGGGAGAUCCACAAAAGACGAGACGUGCUGUUCUCCCGCCAGCAGAACACCGCCAUCAACGAGCUGAAGAGACGAGCCUGGGAGGAGGUAGCAGGAGGCGUCAACGCACUGGGAGAGGGCGAGCUACGCACAUCUUCAGAGGUGAAGCGGCGUUACCUGGACUGGCGGUCGCUAAUGAAGAGGAAGCAGCUCCGUGCUGAGCUGUCUCUCUCCACGGGGCUGAAGGCAGAGUAUGAUCCGUCCUCCCCUGAACACAACGCCUCACUGGGCUCAAGGGACCAGUCGCUCGACCUCUCUAGCUUUCCCAAGGAGUCCCAGUGCGACUGGCAGGACCUGGCGGAUCUUGGAGAGCCCAGCGGACACGCAAUGUCUACAGGGAUUAAGAUGGAGGAGGAGGCCAAUGGAUACAGGCUGGAGGGUGAUAGCGGAGAGGGAGAUGGUGAGGAGGAGGAGGAGGAUGAUGAUGAUGAAGAAGARUGUUUCCCCMCUCUCCUACCCGACAUGGGAGAGCGCGAUGUACGUAUCCCGGAAGUCUUCUCACACAUUGAGUUUGGAAUGCUCAGUGCCUCAAAGGGGACGGCGACCUCGAUAAAUCGGGACCUCUCAUUGGGCGGAAUGGGCUUUGCUGGGUUAGGACUGGCCAAUCACGAGAGUACGGGAUUUCUGGUUGGUUUGGAGAAGCAGCGUGUGGAAUUGGAGAAGCAGCGUCUGGCUGUGGAAACGGAGCGGCUUGCGGUGGAGAGAGAGAGACUCCUACUGGAUAAGGAAAGACUGAGUCAGUCGGAGGUGGAGAGGGAGAGAUUGCAGCUGGAGAAAGAGAGAUUGCAGCUGGAGAAAGAGAGACUUAGGCUGUUGCUCAUGAACCAAUCAGAACGGGCUGCUGCUCCCCCCCAGCAAGGCCCUCCCUCCUCCUCCACCCCUACCACCUCAUCUUCCUCUGCUGUGGAUGGACAGAAUGAGAGAAAGGAGAAUAAACCCUUGCUUUCUAUGAUAGAUCUGGAGGGCGAGAGACGGAGCCUGGAGAAGGACAGAUUGCAGUUAGAGAAAGAGAGGCUGCAGUUCUUUAAGUUUGAGUCUGGACGACUGCAGAUAGAGAGGGAGAGACUAGAGGUGGAGAGAAUGCAGCUUUACAAGGACCAGGGUCAUUGAGAGAGGGAGGAUAGGAUUUCAUCAAAUAACAUUUUGUCACAUGCUUGGUAAACAACAGGUGUGGACUAACAGUGAAAUGCUUACGGGCUGUUCCCAAUAAUGUAGAGAGAAAAUAGAGAAAUAAUAGAAAAAUGAUGAUGAUACAUAAUUAGAAAUGAAAAGCUUUGUUAUAUUCAUGGGGUACCAGUACCAAUUUGAUGUGCAGGGGUACAAGGUAAUUGAGGUACAUACAGUGGCAAG